UUUCUUCAUGUUUUUCUGUUUUUGUUUUUUUUCUCCCGGAGUCCUUUGCAAACCAAAACAAGGAAGUAAAAAACAAACAAACAAAAAACCCACGCCGGCGUGCAGGACAUGAUUAAUUUAUCGUGUGUGUGUGUGUGUGUGUGUAUGUGUGUGUGUUUUUCCGUGUCCUUGUAAGUGAGACGAGAGAAAAGGAGAGAGUGUGAGGAGUGUGUGAGGACACGGAUAAAAAGGGAGAAGAGAAAGAGAGCGAUUGAGACAGAAAGCCCGUUUCUCUUGGCAGCAUUUCAGCUGUGAUAAAAUGGCGUCCUGGUUUUUUUUCGGAGAGACAGCCAGGAAAAGACGCCGCUCUCUUGGAUCGUCUCGGAAUUCCAGGUUUCUUCUCUUUUUAUGAGAAUUCUUGAGCGCAGGACGAGGUGCUGAACGGAUGCCAGCGCUGCUCUGAAGGCAUUUCAGGUUUUGCUAGUCGAGUCGAGGUGAAGGGCGUCCGAGCCGUUUAACUCGUUUCGACCCGAGCAGCCGCUCGCUGUUUCUCGGCUGUUUCUCGCCUGCUUCUCGCUCAAGCAGCUGUUUGAUCCUGGAGACUGGAAAACGAUUGUUUUUUUCGACAGGAAUACACAACGACAUGUGAAGUGCUCCUUUGUCGAAGUCCGAUCUCGGCUCCAAAGCUGGCGCUCGACCAAUCAAAACUGGCUCUGUUGUGAUUACUGAUUAGAUCCGGUUCUGGACUCGGGAUUGAAGUAGCAGAUGCGUGAAUGUUUCUUUCACAACAAGAUUUUUGUACAUACUAAGGAGUUGUGAUCGUAUGACUGGUGUUUGAAUUUCUGCGUUGCCGUGUACCUCGUUUGUGUCCCUCAUUUUAAAAGCAGCAUUUCUUACGAGCGCAGAGCCCCGGGGUUUGGGCUGCAAGGAUCUUCUGGUGUGGUUUAAGCUGAAAUUUGCGAGGCCUGACAUAGGAGAUAAGAUCCCUGGGGAUCUUGGAUAAAAAUCUCGACCAUGAAGGAGAAAUAAAACAUAUUCUGAGGAAGCGGGUGCAUUUUUUUUUUUUUUUUUUUUUUUGCAUGAGGUUAAACGUAGAGUUCACUGAUUGAUGGUUGCAUUAAAUUAUGCAGCUUUUAUUGAACAAAGCUUGAAGUGCUGCCUAAUCAGCGUGACCAGGGAACCCAGCAUGAGAAUUCGCCCUGGGGUGACCACAUCACCACCCGCAGCAUCUGUGUCAAUUGCGAUCAAGUGAUUGUUGAUGAAAGGAAACUACAACUUCCAGUUCCACAUCGUAAGAAUGGGUCCUCAAUGCUGACCCUUUUGUGAAGCAGCAUGAGUAUGGCGACAGGGGCGAGCCAGCACAGCCACUACCCAAUCAACAAAGCCAGUGUUAAUCACUCCUCAAGUAUGUUCUCUAGUCAGGGUGGCCCCAACAGAGGUUGGGCCUCUGAGGGCAAAUCUGAUUCGUCCAUGGGUAACAGAGGCCCGUCCAAUUGGGGAUCUUCAAAUAUAAACUUGAAUCCCAGUGCCAACCCUGCCGCAUGGCCUAUACUUGGACACGAGGGCCCAGGUGUGGGAUCCAGGCCUGGGAGUAUGGGGGGUGGGUCAAGCUCUGUCCCAUCCAGCGUCUGUGGCCCAGGAGGUGUUGCACCUAUUCAAGGCACCAACGGAAAUGGAAACCUUGUAGGGGACUGCGCCUGGGGAAACCCAGACACCCCAGAGCAACACCAGUCCCCAACAAGCAUGACUUUCAGCAUGGAAGCUCCAAAUCUUAAAACUGACGGACUGAACACUAAGACAGAGCCAAUGAGCCCUGUGGACAGUUGGGGGAGAAAUAUGAGUCAGUCUCCCACUGAGCCAGCGACUGGAGAUGGUACUGCCCGGUGGGGUAAAAAUGACAGCAAGAGUGGAGAAUCAAAAGACUCAGGCUGGGAUUCUGGUGGCAUCUCCUCUUGGGGACAGGGGGGAAGUGAUUCAAACUGGGGCCACUGGAAUAAACAGUCAAGUACUGAAGGUACUGCAUGGGAUGGGAUAGAUGGUCAGACUCAAGAGUCGAUGAAUUCCUGGGGAACUGAUGCUCCAGGCAGUGAAGGUAGCAAGGACAGCAGUGAAGGACGUGAAGGACGGAAAGAAAUGUCCUCCAGUAUGGACCUACCACUUUUGCCAAGGCCAGACUUAGAUCCUCGUGUGCUGUGCAACUCCGGUUGGGGACAAACCCCUGUACGGCAGCACACAGUCUGGGAAAUGGAUGAAAAUCUUGGCUCAAAGGAUGAGGGAGGCACUGAAGCUUGGGGUAAUUCCUCUAAUGCACCUUCAACUGGAUCACCACCUCAUGCAGGAUGUGCCAAUCCCAGUCUAAAUGUGCCUCCUAGGAUGGAGUCUGGGAGCAAAACCGAGGGGCUUUCCCGAGUUAUGCCGACACCACGCUGGGGAGGAUCGUCCUCGCCAACAAAUCAGGCAAGCCCUGGUUGGGAAGAACCACCUGCUAAUAAGAAAGUGUCUAAUGGUUCUGUUGGGAAUUGGGGUGAACCAGUGCUAGAUGCCCCCAACACCAAUGGUACAAGUGGCCAGUUUUGGAGAUCUGAGCAAAAGUCAACUUGGGAUGAUGGCCCUUCCAAAUUAAAGUCACAACCUGGUGGAAAUGGGCCCAAUUCUUCCUCUGGCUGGGGAAACUGUGCAAACAGAGAGUGGGGAGAGCCUUCAGAAGGGAGGAUGGAAGAUUCUCGUAGUUCCUCUUGGGAUGGAGCUGGAGGGAGCUGGAAAGAAUCCCAGAAGGGCUGGGGCAAAACAGCUCCACCAGGAGGAGAAAAUUGGCGUGACUCCCAAUGCUCAAAUGGUCCUGUCCAAGGUUGGAGUGGAAAAAAUCCUCAAGAAUCCAUGGGUUCUUGGGGUGGCCCAAACUCUGUAAAGCAGAGUGGUUCUAGCUGGAGGCCCACAGGAAGGCAGGAUCCAGGGGACGAGUCUUCAGGCUGGGAAGAACCCUCCCCUUCCUCAGUCCGAAGAAAGAUGGAGAUUGAUGAUGGAACCGCGACUUGGGGAGACCCUAAUUCUUACAGAACCUGUGUAAACAUGUGGGACAAAAAUAACCCCUCCUCACAGGGCAACCUACCUACCAGCAACAAUGGGGGAAACACCGUCAACCACACAGGGCCUAACCACCACAGCCAUGGUCAGACUUUGAACCACUCUGAGGGCAACAACAGGGGUUCUUCUAACCAGCUAGGACCGCCUCAAAACAGGAUGCCCAAGGUGAACCCAGGUUGGGGGGAGCUCCCAAACAUUCAGACCAAACCCGAGUCCUGGGGGGAACCGGAUUCCUCAAACACCGCAGUGGAUAACGGCACUGCCGCCUGGACGAAGUCACACAAACCAGCCGGAGUCUGGGGAGAAAACAGCCCCGAAUCUGGUGGAUCCUACGGCAGAGGCUCAGGAACCUCUAAACCAGCCCCCAAAUCUAUGCAAGACAGCUGGGGGUCCAGUGGGGAGGAGCUUGGCGUUAGCGCCAGCAAAUGGGACGCUGAGGACGGGGACAUGUGGACUAGCCCCACCUCCCAGGACAACAGUUCUUCCUGUAGUUCUUGGAAUCAGCCCAAGAAAGGACUGCAGAAGGGCAAAAUCCCGACCAAACAAGAGGAAGUUUGGAUCAUGAACCGACUGAUCAAACAGCUCACAGACAUGGGCUUCCCUAGGGAUCCUGCAGAGGAGGCACUGAGAAGUAACAACAUGAAUCUGGACCAGGCUAUGAGCGCUCUGUUGGAGAAAAAGAGCGACGGAGAAAAGCGAGGGAUGAGGACGCUGUUGUGUCGCCCUCCAAACCUCUCGAAAGACUCGUCACUGGACCGAAAUUCCUUCCUGGAAAAGGACGGCGGAUUAUCGGAUGACACGCCCACAUCACCCUUUAUUCAUUCUCCUGGCUUAAAACUGACCAGUAGCAGCCUUUCUAGCCACGGAAUGGGCGGAGUCUCACCAGGACUAAUGCAAAACUUAAACAGCAGACAAAUGAAUGGAAUAUUUGGCAGCAACGGAGCAGCACAGUCCAGGGCUCCACCCCCUCAAGCACUAAACUCCACCCAUCAUCCCCCACUACGUGCUCAAGUGCCUCAGUUUCUCUCCCCUCAGGUUCAAGCACAGCUCUUGCAGUUUGCAGCAAAAAACAUUGGCCUGAAUCCUGCACUUUUAACCUCACCGAUAAAUCCUCAGCAGAUGACCCUGCUCUACCAACUCCAACAACUGCAGAUGGCAUAUCAGCGUUUGCAGAUUCAGCAGCAGAUGAUGCAAGCUCAGCGAAAUGUUUCUGGUCCCAUUAGACAACAGGAGCAGCAAGUUGCACGUACAAUCUCAAACAUGCAGCAGCAGAUUCAGCAGCACCAGAGGCAGUUAGCUCAGGCCUUGCUGAUGAAGCAGCAGCAGAACCAGGCGUCGUCCUCUCACUCAUACCCCAGCCUCAGCAAAUCGAACCUGGACACGUUCCCAGGAAACUCUCAGGCUCCUACAGGCCUCUCCAUGUCUGACCUGCACACCAAAGAGCCACACACGUCUCCCAGCUCCUUCAGCUCGUAUUCUCUGUCGGGAUUGAAUGGGAGUGUGGGUGUAGGUUGCAUGGAUGCUCUGAAGGACGCCCAGCCUCAGCCUCAGUCUCGCUUGUCCCAGUGGACCCACACCAGCUCCAUGGACUCCAUCAGCACCACCACCAGCUCCAGUGCUCCUUCCUCCAGUCACACUGCCAACAUUAAACCGGUGAUUGAGGAUUCUUUCACUCCGUAUAGUCUGAUGUCCAGCUGCCAGUCUCCCAGCAGCCCCUUGGGGGCACCAGAGAGUUGGCCCCCAGGCAAAACCACUAGCGAUAAGCUGGCUAACGGGACGAACGUCAACUGGCCUCCGGAGUUUUGUCCUGGAGUUCCCUGGAAAGGGCUGCAGAAUAUCGACCCUGAGUCUGACCCCAACGUGACCCCAGGAAGUGUUUCCGGCUGCCCCACAAUCAACACCAAUAUACAGGACGUUAAUCGCUACCUGCUGCGGGACAGGAACGGAGGUAAACUGUUAGACAUGAAGUCCAACUGGUCUACAGGUUCCGUCUCACACACUCAGGCUUCGCUCUCCAAUGAGAGGUGGAAGAUUCCUGUGGGUGGGCGGAGCUCUGGAUCAGUGCCCCGCCCCCCACCGGGUCUCACUAAUAAUAAACACAACAAUAACUGGACACCAGGAGCUCUGAGCAACAGCUGGAGCAGAGACUACAACUCAGAGAGUGCUGGGUGGAAUUCCGAGAGCUCCAGCAGGACCAGUAGCUGGCUCGUGCUGCGGAAUCUCACUCCUCAGAUCGAUGGUUCCACUCUGAGAACUCUGUGUAUGCAGCACGGUCCUCUCAUUACCUUCCACCUCAGUCUGCCGCAGGGGAACGCGCUGGUGCGCUACAGCUCUAAAGAGGAAGCAGCUAAAGCUCAGAAAUCACUGCACAUGUGCGUUCUGGGUAAUACCACCAUUUUGGCAGAGUUUGCCGGAGAGGAGGAAGUGACUCGUUUUUUCUCUCAGGCUCAAUCGUUUCCUCCCUCUGGCAGCUCCACCCACCCUGCCCUGGGGCAGUGGGGCACAUCCAACACUAAGGGGGGCAGUAACCCAGGGGGCGGAUCUAACGGAUCGGGGGCGGAGCUGCUGUGGGGUGGAGUCCAGCAGCCGUACUCCAGUUUGUGGGGACCAAUAAACACGGAGGAGAGUCGAGUGAUGGGAAGUCCGGUCCCCGCAAACACACUGCUCCCCGGAGACCUGCUGAACGGAGAGAACAUGUAGAAGAGUGGAGAGGAAAGAAAUAAUCAUCAGUGUGAAGAUAAUCACUUUAUCUGGAACUGUUUUUAUUUUUAUUUUUUAUUAGAAGUAGAAACAGAAAAAUGUAAAAAAAAAAAUUUAAAAAGAAAGAAAGAUGAAGAAAAAACCCCCGCCAGCCUCGCUGUCUCUUCACAACUCCUGCUUUAACCUCUUUAUCUUCUCCCAGAUUUCUUUUUUCUUCAGAAACGUAUCAGCCUUAAAGUAUCAGCUUUUUUUUUACAGUUUGUUUUUAUAAAAGAUGUUAAGAACGUUUUAUAUCUGAGUUACUGAGCCAACGAUUUCAACGAGGGAGAAGAAAAAGGCCAAUCGGAGACGUGUUGUCCUCCCAAUUUUACAACAACCAAGAAAAUGUACAAAAAAAAAGUGUAUCUAAAGGAUUUCGACCAAACAUGCGUGAAGUUUCUCGGCAUUACGGAUUUCAGUGCUGAACAUCAAGCGGAUUUACAAAAACCAAGAAAACUCCGUGUCCGUGUGAUGCAUUGUGCAAUAUAUCCUUCAUCAUCAUCAUCAUCAUCAUCAUCAUCAUCGUCCGUCCUCGCUGAAGCUCCUUUUUUACAUUUGAAUCUGUUCUAUAUAAAGACUCAUGGGCGGCUGCGUCCCAAAUCCAUGCACACUUUUCUCUCUGUCUCUUCAGACGGAGGGAUUCGAUACGGCGGUGGGAAAAAAAGAGAGACUCUGCUUUCAACACCAAAAUCUUCUCAAAAUGCAGUAAAAAAGAGAGAAAUCAAUGUUUUUGGGUUUGAAUCUGAUCUAUGAACUGAUGUGAUUAAGCACUUAUAAGGUGAGAGAGAGAAGGAGAGAUGGAGUGAUUUGGAAAAAGGAAAAGACUAUUUAAAAAUUCCGUUUUUCUGCAUUGAAGCGACCGAAUCUACAAUCAGACUGAAGCUCGCAGUGCAGUUUUACUUCUUUCUGGUUUAAAAAAACACAUCGAAAUGAAUGUUUUCCUGAUUUCACACUGGUUUAUGGCCUUCGCCGUGUUCGGGGGAACGCCGCCGGAAAACAGGACCAGUUACUGAUCAGGAAACGGGACGGGAUGCUGCAGGGUCGAGUGUCGUCAUGGUGAUAGGAUGCUACGACGCGGUUGGUCCUGUCGGAUGUCACGUGACUCAGUAUUCCGUAAAGAAUUCUGUAAUGUUACAGUGAAUUAGGUUACUGUGGAUGUCGGAAUGCCGUGAUGUCGGAACGCUGUGACGUCACAUCAGUGGGCGUUAACUUCCGAGGCCUUGUGAUGUCACAACCGCACGGAAUAUCGCAUGACUCCUCGGCGUCGUCCGUUUCCCCUCAGAAACUCGAGACCCGCCCCCGAGCGGUGCUCUACUUCCUGUUCCCUUCUCUCACACACAAGUCCCGAUGCAUUAUGGGUAAUUGUAACGUCCAGCAUUCCAGUGUUGCAGUGCAUCAUGGGAGACUUUCUGAGCGCCUGCAGGAUUAGUGCACUACGUAGUGAACGAUUUCUAACACGCCCACAGAACAUGUGGAACCUCUUUUUUUUCUUUUCUUUUUUUUUUUUUCUUGUCACUAAUCAAAGCCAAAUCAACACCUCGCGCAUCUCCGCAGCUCCGGCAGGAAAAAGGUUGGAGCUCGUGUGUUUCUUUUUGCUCGUACUGCACAUUUCUGGAAGUCAUCAGCGUUCUCACGCGCACAAACACUUCCUGUCCUGCGGAACGCAAACAAACCAACAAUUCGGAUUACGCUUGUGUUCGCUUUUUUAUACUGAUUCAAUGUGAAAAAUCAUUGUGUGAAAGAAAGUUCAGAUUUCCUUAAAGCAGUGUUCGGAAUUGUGUGUGUGUGUGUGUGUGUGUGUGUGUGUGUGUGUGUGUGUGUGUGUGUGUGUAUGUUCUCACAGCUGCUAACCGUCCUCUUCCUCCCUGUUUGCAGUCUUUAUCGUGUUUUUUUCCCUCUUUUUGCGAGUAAACGAUGAGCGAGAGUUGAUAAUAGCAGCCGUUCCCGGAAUUCCUCGACGUUCCGGAACUGAAAAACUUUGGUUACAAAAAACUUUCGGUUGCGUUUUAGCUGAUAGUUUACUCUCGAGGCAGCACAUUAUUUUGUUACUAUGCAAAAUAAUAUAGAAAUAUAAAAAAAAAACCGCAGACACAUCGAGGAGAUUGUGGACGGGUCCUUUGUUGUUGUUGUUGUUGUUGUUGUUUUUUUCAAUUUUUUUUGUUUGGUGUGUUAUUUUUGUUUAAGUGCCAAUCGUGAGGUCAGAGGUCACACACACACACACACACACACACACACGACUGUUUAUAAGAUCAUCAGAAGAGUUGUGUUUGGAGUCACGUCGUUCCGGCGCUCGCUCAGGGACGGGAGUUUACGGCGAUGUACGUGUUUACGAUCUGGUGUCGGAAAAACAAGAAUCGUAACAAAGAUCGUAAAAAGAAAAAAACAGACGUGAAGGAAAAUAAAACGCUGAUGUUUAAGACGCUUCGGUUUGAACCAAAACUGUUUCCACUUUAUUUCAGUCGAAGCCGAUCAGCUGAGACGCGUUCGGUGUUCGGUGUAGUUUACAUCUUCACCCAGGACACACACACACACACACACACACACACACACUGUCUGUCGUGACCAUGUACGGGUUCAUUGUUUUAAUACAAUUAUAAAUUAAAUACGGGGUAAAAAUCUGUAGCUGUGACAAAAAACACGUUUAUGCGCCAAGUGCCUCGUUACUGUGAUCCAGAGCGAACUUUCCUUUUACAGAUCAAUCAAAAUAAUAAUAAUAACAAUAAUAAUAAUAAUAAUAAUAAUAAAAACACAGGAAAAAAAAAUGUAAAAUCACCUCACUGCACUGAAACCCGUUUCUUACACGUCAUUUUUACUCAUUUCUAAAUAUGAUUUUAUAACUUUAUUAUCUUUACAUUUAUUAAUUUAUGCUACAUUCUUUUUCCCUUUUAAUUAUGAAAUCAAUAAUCCUGAUAGAUUUUUCAGAUGUUGUGAUGUUGAACUUUCCCCAAAUUGAGACGUUUUAUUGAUAAUAUUGUAAUUAUACUUAAUGUUGAAAAUGAAAGAAUUUUCAUUUCAUUCAUUCAAAUUUCUCACUGGAAAUCUGAAUCCUCUUGUUCUUCCCUGUUUCAUGUGAUUUAGCAAGUAAAUAAUUAGAGAUGAUGAUGAUGAUGAUGAUGUUACUUGAACUUCCUAAUCAGGAGAAAUCCUCAACAUUUCUGAAAAAUCCCCCUUUUUCUCGUUCCAGCACGUUUAUUUGUUUCUAUGCAAAAUGAGAGAAAUUCUUACUUUAGAUGUAGUAAUUCUGCAGCGUUCAGCUCCAAACCCGACCCGUAUAAUCCGGUUCUCGGCUUCUUUCAGCUUCACCAUCGAAUGUUUGUGUGAAAUUGUAGCGGCGAUGAAUAAAUCGCUUUAUUCUUACGCUCAGCGUGAUGUAAAAAUGUGAACUAAUGACUACGAUUAGACACAAUCAGCACUUUAUCACUCACAUUCAAACUAAAAGAAAAGUCAAAGUUCUCGCAGGUUCUUUAGACGCUCUACAGUCUGUGACCCGUGAACUCAGAACCUUCAACAGUGUUACACAGAACCUUUAAUAACUCCGAAUGUAAAAGCACAUUCUACUUCAGAAUCUUUAAAUGAACAAAAGUCAGUAAAGGUUUCAAUCAAACAACAAACAAAUGAAAGAAGGAUGUAAAAUAAAACGUCAGCACACGUGUAUAGACUCUGCUGUUUGUUAGCUUUAGCUACUGUCACCACCAUGCAGUCCGAAAACGCCAACAUACCAACAAACGCGUCUCUUAUACGUUUUUUUUCCUGUUAAAUUAAUGAUUAAUUACAAUCAUAUUCAUUAUGAUUUUUACCUUUAACAAACCCUAAACAUUUUCAAUUUGAUGUAAAUUCUUCUAAUUCCAUGAUAAUGAAUUAAAAACGGCACGACUCCAGACAUCAGACAUGUCCUCAGCUGAUCGGCGUUCUUUCAGUCCGGUAAAUUCACUAAAACAAGCAAACAAACAAACACAAAACCAUUGUGUUAUAAUCAAAUUGUGUUUUUUUACAGAGCAGGAAAUUUGUGUUGAAAUUUCUCUAAUAAUAAUAAUAAUAAUAAUAAUAACAACACACCGGCUGUGGUUAAAAUCCUGGUACUUUUUUAUUUUAAAUGCCAAAAAAAGAACAAAAUAAAAAAACUCUAUAAAUACAAAUGUUUUUAUGUGAGUGACGUAAAAGUUCAAAACUUUAAGCUAAUCGUCUCAAUGACUUUCCCUUAAACAUCGUCUUCAACGUCACCUGCAUGAGGGAGUGCCUUCUUCUGUACAGAAGUGUUUCUGUUCCUCCUGUUCCAGUCCCUCGUUCCGUCACCUUCAGGAGGAACCACAUCGGAACAGUUCCUGUCAUUAAAGCAUCAGUUUUUUAAUUUAUUGAUUUAUUUCUGACUCUGAGAACUCGUGAAGUCGACGCUUCCUGGGCGUGAAACUGCCUUGUUCUGAUCUAAAACACACAAGUGGACGAUGUAAAAUUGUGCACUUCUUCUCGUUUCUAAAGAAAAGGCCAGAAAGCUUUCUGGAGACACCAGCAUGGAGUAAUCGAGAGCUCCGGGUCUCUGUGCCACCUCCAAAAUCCAGUCCGAAUUUCCGACCUGAGCUGAAAAGAGCAAUACUCACACUCCGAUUCUCCGACGUUAAAAAACAAACGGGAAAACGGAUAUUUUAUAAAUACUUCAUUUAAAAAAAAUCUUUUGCACGUUGCUUUUACACGAGAAAAACGAUGACGACGGGCAUUACGACUCGCGCUUCUGACUCGCUACUGACUCACUACUGACUCGCUACUGACUCACGCUACUGACUCACUACUGACUCGCUACUGACUCACGCUACUGACGCUACUGACUUGCUACUGACUCGCGCUACUGACUCACUACUGACUCACGCUACUGACUCGCUACUGACCCGCUACUGACUCACUACUGACUCACUACUGACUCGCGCCUCUAAACUACCUGCUUUCAGUGAAUCACUAUUCCUUUAUUUCUUUCCUGUGGCGAUGCUAAAACUGAUUCAUUUCAUAUGUUCAAAACACACACACACACACACACACACACACACACACAGUAUUCUUUCAGAUGAUAAGCUUCCUGUUGUUUAGUUUGGAAAUACAUUUAAAAAGAAAAAUAAUUUCUGUUCUUCAGUAAUGAAUUCAUCUGUACGUUUUGAACUGAUGAACGAUUCGGGACGAAUCACUGGUCACUACGAGACACUUUUCUUUUUUUACUGUGUUUUAAUUCUCUCUGAAUUCCAUAAGAGUAUUUUUUAUUUCUUUGACAAUUUCAGACAAAUUCUUUUAUUACAAAAAUAUUAAAUAUAUAUGUGUGUGUGUGUGUGUGUGUGUGUGUGUGUGUGUGUGUGUGUGUGUAUGUGUAUAAAAAAAACAUAUCAAACUACAAUACUUGAACCAGAAAUUGCCAAUAAUCUAAUGUGAACCGUUUGCUUCGAUAAUGUAAAUCAACUUAACAAAAACAAGCAUUAAUCACGUAAAGAUUUAGAUCUUUAUUUUUACUAGACUUUUUUCAGCAUUUGUAUGUGUGUAUUGUACUGUUUAUUUCCUCAAAAUUAUUAUUAUUAUUGUUGAUGUAAUCCAGCCUUGCACUGUUUUCUCUUCUCACUUCACCUACGAAAGAAAGAAAGAAAGAAAGAAAGAAAGAAAGAAAGAAAGAAAGAAAGAAAGAAAGAAAGAAAGAAAUCUCGAGGGUGGAUGAUUCAUGUGUUCAUGUUUACUCAAGGACUUUUCUCUUUUUUCUGUAAAAAUGUUUCAAUAACUCAUGUUUCUCAUGCCGUUGGUUGUUAGCAGGAGUUUUGCACCGUAACCAUCACCGUUUUAUUGAUUAUAAAAAAAGAAAAAAAAAAAAAGGAUAAAAAUUUAGAAGGGAAAAGAACAAAAAAAAACACUUUACAAAACUUCAAUUGUUUGUAAUUUGCUGACGAGCGUUUUUUAUUCACACGUUUUCAGUGCCUACUGUUUUUGUUGCUUGUUUGUUUGUACAAUUUAACAUUUUUCUUUUUUUCUUUUUUUUUUCGUCUCAUGUUGUUUACAGAAAACCGUUUGUGUUUUAAAAAGUACAUUUACUAAAGACAGUUUCAUCUUCCAUCAAAAGAAAACCUUUUUUUUAUGAUCAAAGACAAAAACAAUCAUGUUGAAGUUCUUUUUGUUGUAGUUUUGUUGUUCGCCUUCACGCAGCUGUGUGGAUUUUGGUGUCUGUGAUUUGAUUUUUGCUCGUUUGUAAACGGACCUGGUGACGUUUCUCAGGAAGACGAGAGUUCCAGAUUUCCUAAUGUUUCAUUUCUAACAUUUAUAGUGAGAUAUUAAUAGAAUUCCGACUCUGCGCACUGAAGGAUGUGGAUUUCGGGGGGAAAAAAUUCUCAUGUGUUUUUAAUCCGUAGCAGAAAAAAAAAAACAUUUACCAAAUAUUAGGCAUGUGUAUCGAUUUCUCAUUUUUCUAUUCUUGGAGUUGGAGUGCUUUACAUUUAAUAUUUCAUAAUUAUGCAUCGCGUUACGUUUAUGUUGAGAUGUAGAUUUUAACGUGUGAAAGUAGUUUAAGGACCUGCGGGUUUUUCAGAUUGAAUACGUUUUUUUCCUAAAUAAGGUCCUGUGGAAAGAGACGCUUCUGUUUUCUGUUCGCCUCCUGAACUCGUUCUGGAAUUUUCACUGCUCCGAAUCAAAACUCUGGAGUUUCUAGUUUACAGAAGAAUUUCCGGAAGUAUGAUUUUGCAAAAUCUGGUAUCUUCAUAUGUCUGGAAAAUUGUAAAGACAUUUCCAGAGACUCUAGAGGAAAAGUUUAGGACUUUUUUCUUUCUUUCUUUUUUUAAAUGUACAAAAAAAAUCGAGAGAUUCUUGAGCUUGAAAGAUUCCCAAAGUAUUGGAAAGACCUGGAAUUUCUAGACCUUUUAUUCUAAAAAAGCCAAUACACGGAACUUUGGAGCUUUUUGGGCAAAUUUAGGAAAGUUGAGAGUUUCAGGAUUUCUUUAUGUAUCAUUUUGGAAUUGUGGACUCUUAGAUUUUAUGAGGGAAAAACCAUGGAAUGUUGAAGGCUCUAUUCUAGAUUGUUAGAAUGUUUAUAGGAGAUUUUUUAUUAAAAAAAAUUUGAAAUCUGUAGAAAUGUACAAACCCUAAACCUAGAAAUGAGUACCAGAAAACAUUCUACAGCUCGGAUUCUGGAAAAUCUGGAGUGCUGUGGGAUUUUUUUUUUUUAAACAAGAAACUUUUCAAAGUUUUAGAUGUUUAUGGAGUCUCACAGAUGAACCCUAGAAAUUCUAGAGUUUUUAGAGAAUGGUAGUAAAUCCAGGGUUAAUUAAAGCUCUGGAGGCGAACACGAAUCGUCGUGGAGAAGGAUUGUGAAUCUAUGCACAAACUGGAGUAGAAUGGGAAUAAAGUCCAGAUCUGGAGUUAUUGGAGGAAAUCGUUUCACUGUAAUGAAUUUAAAUGUAGACAUUUUCUUUGUUCUCUGUAUUUGAAGAAGUAUAAUAUUUUUUUCUUCACUGAUUUAAAACUAAGCACUGUGGACUUUCCUGGAGGAGUCGAAGACCUUCAGGAGGGUGUGGACUCUCCGGGAUUAAAACGGGGAUUUUGCAUUGCUGUCUUUUUGUUUUUUCUUGAUGUAAUGUUCAAAGAUCAUGGCUGUACUGGGAAUCAGAAAUGUUUUUUUCCUGGCUCUAGAAAAGGCGUCAGCUUUCCUGAAUGUGAUUUUGAUCAUAACGCACCGGAGAAACCAACUUUCCAGGUGGUAUGAGGAUUUUCUCUGCCCUGAUUAAUAAAAAGUGACGAUUUUUUGUGUCUCAAAAA